AGUACGAUACAUAUAUACAUGCGUGAUCAUCUAAACUUGGCAUAGAGCUAGCUAAAGUAUGAUUAAUUGUUAAAAAAUAUUCUAUUAAUAUUACAGAGAAUUUACAAAAAAGAUUUAAUACAAAAUAUCUUGUGUUCAUAAUAAAAUACUGUUGAUUGUUAUAAACGAGUAAGGUUUUUUUUUAUUUUCAUGAGAUUUCAUUGAAACAAAUAUUUUGCUGAAUGUAUGAAAAAAGAUAUGUUCAAAUUCUUAUUAUUGUAAGCUUAUGUUUUAUCGAACAUUUUCAAUAAGAUAAUAUAAUUACUUUAUUUAACUGAGAUAAUGGCAACAUCUUUGUCAGCAUAUUGGGUAAAGUUCUUCAAAGGAGCUGGCUUUCCACAAGAUGUUGCAACUAAACAUGCGGUUGUAUUUUCUAACAAUCGUAUUAAACCAGACAUGUUGCCAGAUUUGGAUAAGCCUAGUCUUAAAGAAAUGGGAAUUACCUUAAUGGGAGAUAUGAUUGCUAUACUAAGAUAUGCUAAAAAAGUUGUAGAAGAAACUACAUGUGAAAAAUUUCUUGUAGACACUGAAGAUCCAGAUACUCCACCUAAACUUGUUAAUAAACCAAUAAUUAAAAAAGCUGUAACAAAAGUAACUGCUAAACCUCCUGGUAUAAUUAAAACAAAGCCUUCUGCUGUAACUACUUCAAAAAUAAUGAAAAACACAUCUACCAUGGUUCCAAAGAUAAUAACUGUGAAAAAAUCUAGUGUGGGUUUACCUGAAAGUAAAAAGAAUACAAGUUCUUUGAAAAGGACAUUGGAAUCUGAGGAAGAAUAUGAUGGUGGUCAUGAUGGUGACUGGAAAAUUGUUGCUAAAAAGAAACCAAAGCCACAAACUAAUGAUGAAGAUAAUGAAAAAGUAGGAUAUACAGUGAUACUACCAAAAAGAACAACUUUGAGAACUCCAUCAACUAAAAAAAUAGUUGAGCCAAAGCGGACAGUAUUUGACAGAUUAGGAGAUAGUUCAGUAACUAGUACAACCAAUUUGCCUGAUACCUCUCCCACUUUUAAUGUUACUGGAUUGGGUAAAGAUAUAUAUAAAAGAACAAUAAGUGUUUUCAAUCGUCUUGGUGAUAAAGAUGCAAAAAAAAAUGACACACCGCAAUUAGGAAUAUUAAAGAAUGGUACUACUAAGAUGACCUCACAGGGUAUUCUAAAAAAUAGUAGUUCUAAUAUAGGAACAUCUGGCAUAGCUAAAAAGAAGGUUCUUACUGCAGGCACAAUGCGUGCUGAUCAAGAAGUUAAUAUGAAAACUGCUUCAAAUAGUGUUAAGCAAUUAGUACGUACAACUAAAAAAAUUACUUUCAAUGAAAAUGCAUCAAACAUGACCAAAAAAAGAAAUACUGAAGUAACAUCUGGCAAACUAGCUUCAGAACGACUUACCACAUUACCAGCAAAAGCAAGACUAGGUGUAUUUAGAUCAAGUAGCGCGAAACAGGUUACUUUCAAUAGAGUUGCAACUGUUACACAUGUUAAAAAAGCAGAUGUUUUUAGUCGUCUUGGAAUUUAAAGAGAAAUUAAACUCAUCAUUGGAACAUUAUUUCUAAUUACAUAUACUUUGUACAAAGUGAUAUUAUUUUUUGUUCUGUAAAGAGUAUACUGUAUACAUAUGUUUUAAUAUAAAAAUCUAUAAAACUUCUUAAAAACAAACUAGGUAAUAUUCUUCACAAUUUACAUAAAAAAAAUUAACUUUUUUAAUAAUAUAAUAUAGUGAAAUGAUAACUUAAAAUCACGCAAACGAAAUAAGAUUUAAGUUAAACUAAAAAUCGCAUUAUAAUAUACA